AUGGGAUUUGCUCCUGAGCGUGUGGAUUGGGCUCUCCAUUCUACCAAUGGGACCCUUGAAGCAGCAUUAGAUCACUUGGAAGCGCACCAAGAUGAGGCCAUACCCGCAGAUGCGAUGGCGGCCGCGCCACAGCCAACCAGCGCUGCGGACCCACAUAGCACCGAGGCGCCUGAGGUGAAUUCGAUUCGCUGUAACGUUUGCGAAAAAGUAUUCCGGGACAUGGACCUCGCUAUGUAUCAUGCAGACAAGUCUGGGCAUGAAGACUUUAGUGAGAGUUCUGAAAAAAUCAAGCCGCUCUCGCCUGAAGAGCGAGAAAAGCGGCUUCAGGAACUUCGCACCAGGGCUGCUGAAAAGCGCGCAGUGAAAGAGGCCGAAAACGCCAGAGAGCAGCGCGCAAAUGAACUGAUUCGGCGCAAAGCUGGCCAAGAUGCCGGCCAAGCGCGCGAGGAAUUAGAGCGAAAGGAACGCAUCAAAGAGGCUGAACGCAAGCGCCGUGAGCGUUUGGACGAUAUCGCAGCCAAAGAGCGUGUCCGGCAACAGAUCGAAGAAGACAAGCGCCGUCGAGCAGAGAGAGCUGCACGCGAAAAAGAACUGCGACAAGGCAUUCAGACACAGGCAACGCCGGCAGAAGGGGUGCCCUCUCUAGCUGCGCAACUUGCCAAGACAUCCCAAGCCAGUGCGGGCAGCGAAACUCGGCUGCGAGUACGUGCGCCUGGAGGUACUUGGAUGGGUACUCUUAGCGUAGAAGCAACCCUUGCAGACGUGGAAAAGGCUGUGAUAUCCGAUGGGAAAGGCGGGAGUGGCUCUUCACUGACGUUUUCGACCACAUUUCCUCGAAAAACGUUCAGCCAAGACGAACGCAGCCAAACGCUCAAGGCACUGGGACUCGUUCCCAACGCAGCCCUCGAAGCACAGUAG